AUGCCGGCUUCUGGGGGCUGCUCAGCCGCUACACCGGCGGAGAGGGCGAAGGACGGAGAGGGGGCUCCGGCCGCCGGCUCCGGCGGUGACCAGAUCGCGGCCGUCUCCGACAUGAACAGGGGUGAGGCGAUCCUGCGGGUGUCCCCCGUUGAGGCUUACGGCGGCGAGGUGCCGGCGGCGGCACGGUCGAGGAAGACAGUGGAGAGCAGCUUCGGACAGAGGACUUCCAUCUACCGUGGGGUCACCAGGUAAAAAAUGGAUUUUCAAAAGGAUAUCAUCUAAUUUUGCUUCCUUAAUAUAUUUUAAAUAUAGAAAAAAGUAUACUCUCUCUCUCUCUCUCUCUCUCUCUCUCUCUCUCUCUCUCUAGGUAUCUUUCUCAACAUUAUAGAAAAAACCACAACCGCCCUGCAUUUGGCCUGAGAAACAUCGUAAAAAGAUAGUAAAGGUAAAGGAUAAAAUGUCAGGCACAGGUGGACGGGGCGAUACGAGGCCCACCUCUGGGACAACAGCAGCCGGAGAGAAGGUCAGCCUCGCAGGGGAAAGCAAGGUUCUCUCUCUCACUCUCUCUCUCUCUCUCUCUCCCCCUCCCCUCUCUCCUACUAUCUCCACUGAGUUAUUUCUAACACGUGGGUGGGAAUUGUUUCAUGGCCUCCGACGGCGGCUGGGGAUCCCUGUUUCUGAUCUUAGUAUAUCUGGGUAAGUCAACGGGACCCCUUCUUCCUGGUUCCUACUUCGGGGUGUCUAAAUCUUACUAAUGCUAAUAAAUCGUAAAUUAUUUCUCAGGUGGGUAUGACAAGGAGGAGAAGGCGGCGAGGGCAUACGACCUGGCGGCGCUCAAGUACUGGGGCCCCACCGCCGCCGCCACCAACUUCCCGGUACGCCCUUUAAUGCCCCCAAAGUUUGGUUUAUAUUAUCGAGUAUUCUAUCUUUGAAUAAGCACGCGGGAACCCACACGUGUGAAAUAGCCAUAUCAUGCACGAAAUGAGCUACACUCACACGUGCCGUGCUCCCCCAGGCUUCCACCUACCGGGGGGACCUCGAAGAGAUGAAGAGCAUGACCAGGGAGGAGUCUGUCGCUUACAUACGGAGGUACACCGAUUCCACGUGCACCCCGUCGUUUACGUGCAUGGCCCAUGCACGUCUGCUCCUAUUCUUCCCACGUUCGUUGACCGCCCUGUAUUCUUCCGCCCACGUGCGAUUUCAGGGGCAGCGCUGGCUUCUCCAGGGGCGUCUCGGGUUAUAGAGGCGUCACCAGGUAGUCCUUCGUACGUGCGACACGUGCGACAGACAACUCAACGCAUUUCCCUUUCUCUAGCUAGGUUUUCCUUUUCACACGUGUGGUUUACAGGCAUCAUCACCAGGGGCGAUGGCAGGCUCGGAUUGGGAGGGUAGCCGGCAACAAAGACGUCUACUUGGGCACCUUCCGUGAGCAGAUCAAUCAUCUUAUGCUAUAAUCAGUAAAUAAAUAAAUCUAUAUUUAUACGUUGACUCUUCUCGCCUGUGAUAGGCACCCAAGAGGAGGCAGCGGAGGCAUACGACAUAGCGGCGAUCAAGUUCAGGGGCAGCGGCGCGGUGACGAACUUCCACCUGAGCCGCUACGACGUGAAGAGGAUCCUCAACAGCGAGCUUCCCGUCGGCGGAAUAUCAGGCGGCGGGUUCAAGAUUUUCAGCUCGGCCGCCGUCGAGCCCGCCGGCGACAAUCUCGGGCGACUGUCGAGCUCCUCUCCGGCGGCCUCCGGCGGCGGCGCCGCCGCCAUCCACGGCCAGGGAAGAGGAAGUUAUGGGUGGAGUGGUGGGUCAUCGGGGAACGGGUACUACGUCGCGUAUCCCGCCGCCGCUGCGCCGCCGGCGAGCAUCGUCGGAGCCGCCGGAUAUGGUGGCGGAGCAUGGACGACGCCAGUUCCUUCCCCCGUUCCUCCUCCCAUGGAGGCUCAGUCGCUGGGUCCAAUGACGACGACGGUGGCACUUUUUCAGGCACCUUUCUCCUGGAAUGGAAUAGCCUGA